AUGAAGUUGGUGGAUGAGAUAGUAGCACAUAGCUCGGAGGAGCCAUUUCGGACUCCUCGAAAUUUCCUGAAAGCGGCCAUGGCAGAGCAGCUAGGGAAAUCGGGCCGUCUUCUCAAGUCCCACCUUCCCUUCGCCUUCCUCCCGUCUUCCCUAAUGGAAAUAUCCAAGAUGGUCUACAUCGCUCGGAACCCGUACGACGUGGUGGUGAGCUUUUAUCAUCACAUGAAAAAGAUGCCUCACCACCAGUUUCAGGGGAAAAUCUCAGACUUAGUGGACUUCUUCGUCGAAGGGAAUCUUCUUUUUUCUCCCUUCCAUCGACAUGUCCUCGAUGCCUGGGAAAGGAGAGACUCCCCCAACCUCCAUUUCGUCUUCUACGAGGAUUUGAAAAAGGGGGAAGAGGAAGGGGCCGAGAAGAAGCAUGCCUCGGCUGACAGAGCUCUGGGCGUUGGGUACGAGGAUCUUAGGAAAGAACUCGAGAAACUUGCAGAAUUCUUGGGGGUAGACCUUCCUGAGGAACACAUUCCGAUCCUCGAGGACCACCUCAGCUUCCAAAAUUUCAGAAACAACUCUUCCGUCAACAUGGAGUUUCUAAUUCCAGAUAAAUCCUUCAUUCGAAAGGGUAAUGACAUACACACAAAGGCUCUUUCGGGAGAUCCAAUAUAG